AGCCGGCCAGCGCAGAGACACGAUGAGCGGGCUUCCCUCCCUCAAUGCGGGCAUCACCGCCGCCUGGAACACGAGCGCCCCGCCCCAGAAGAAGCGGACACGGCGGGCGAUCCCCCUCAACGACCUGCCCGCCCCGGCGUCCCCCCUCGACGACUCCCCCGCCCCAGCGACCCCCGCCGCCCCCCCGAGGAGGAAGAGACCGCGGGCCGCCCCGUCUGUGAUCGCCGCAAAGUACGCGCCGCCCGACCUCGACCUCGGCGCACUCGGCGGGCUCCAGCCGCAGAUCACCCAGCUGCUCGAAAUCGCCGCCCUCGCCCUCUUCCACCCCGAGAUCUACCUCCACACCGGCGUCCCCCGGCCGAAGGGCGUCCUGCUCCACGGCGUGCCCGGCGGCGGCAAGACGCAGCUCGUGAGAUGCCUAGCGGGCGAGCUGAAGCUGCCCUUCAUCUCCGUGUCCGCACCCUCCAUAGUGUCCGGCAUGUCGGGCGAGUCGGAAAAGACUCUGCGAGACACCUUUGACGAAGCCAAGAAAGUCGCGCCAUGUAUCCUCUUCCUGGACGAAGUCGACGCCAUCACGCCCAAACGUGAAAACGCCCAACGGGAAAUGGAGCGCCGUAUCGUGGCUCAGCUCCUGACAUGUAUGGACGAUCUCGCGGCGAGCGAAGAGCCCGUCAUCAUCAUCGGCGCGACGAACCGGCCUGAUUCUCUGGAUCCCGCGCUGCGACGAGCGGGCAGGUUUGACCACGAGAUUGAGAUGGGUGUGCCCUCGCAAGAGGGUCGAGAACAGAUCCUCAAAGUACUCUGCUCCAAGCUGCGUCUCUCGGGCGACGUCGAUUUCCGCCAACUCGCAAAGGCCACCCCAGGCUACAUUGGCGCAGAUCUGACCGCGCUCACCACCGAAGCAGGUAUCAUUGCCGUCAAGCGCAUCUUUGAUAGCGGUUUCGGUAUCGGUAGUGGUACCGAUACCCCUCAUGACAGCGAACAAGGGACCGUCCCCGAACCCGAUGGUGCAGGUAUGGAAGCCAUGGCGAUUGACGACCGCUAUACACCUUUUGCCAACCUGCCCGACGACGUCAAGGAGACGCCCAUCGCCAAAUUCCUCAUGUCCCAUCCAACCGCCUUGACUUCCGACCAGCUGUCCACCAUCUCCCUCACCCCCGCCGACUUUCUUGCCGCAUUAAAGAUCGUCCAGCCUUCGGCCAAGCGUGAAGGUUUCGCCACCAUCCCCGACGUCACCUGGUCUGAUAUCGGCGCGCUCAGUCAGACCCGAGAUGAACUGCACAUGGCCAUUGUGCAGCCUAUACGGCACCCGGAACUGUUUAGCGUCGUGGGUAUCGAUGCGCCAAGUGGUGUCCUGCUUUGGGGACCCCCUGGCUGUGGUAAGACACUUUUAGCCAAGGCAGUCGCGAAUGAGAGUCGAGCAAACUUUAUCUCCGUCAAGGGCCCAGAGUUGCUCAACAAGUAUGUUGGCGAGAGUGAAAGGGCGGUGAGGCAAGUAUUUGCUCGGGCACGAUCAUCUUCCCCCUGUGUCAUCUUCUUUGACGAGCUGGACGCUCUCGUGCCCCGUCGAGACGAUUCUAUGUCUGAAUCCUCGGCAAGAGUAGUCAACACGCUCCUUACCGAACUCGACGGUCUUGAUGCUCGUAAAGCCGUCUAUGUCAUCGGCGCCACUAACCGUCCGGACAUGAUCGACCCCGCCAUGGUCCGACCCGGUCGUCUCGACAAACUCCUCUACGUCGACCUGCCUUCACCUUCCGAACGUUUCGAAAUCCUCAAGACCCACACCAAGAAGACGCCGAUCAACGAGGAUUCAUGGCAAGCGAUCAAGGAAAUCGUCGCUUCCGACAAGUGCGAUGGCUUUUCCGGUGCGGACAUUGCGGCGCUCGUGAGGGAAGCUGCCACGCUCGCACUCCGAGCCGCUUUGGAGAGUAUAGGCGCAUUCGAAACACCGGCAGAGGCCGAGCCGGAAGGGAUCGAGCGAAAGACGGAUUCCGUCAGGGUCACAGCUGAACAUUUUGCCCAUGCAGCACAAAAGACGUUACCGAGUGUCUCCAGGGAGCAGAGAUUAAAGUAUGAGAGGAUGAGGGACAAGUAUGCGGGUGUGCCUACCAGAGGGAGAAGGCAGCGAGAGGCUGAGGCUGAAGCUGCUUCUGUUGCUGCUGCUGCCGCCGCCAAGUUAGCAAGUGCCGGUGGAGCGGGAACGGAGGCCAGGGUGGAAGGAGAAGGGAUGGAUGUUGAUGAGAUGGGCGGGGCGAGAGGAGGAGGUGUGAAAGAAAAGGCGUUUGUCGCUUAGAUUUUAUCGUUGGUUAUUAUAGUUUACUACCCUACCGCUUUGCAUUUAGUCUCUCGAUCCUUUGUGCAUGUGCCAGGCCGAUGGAAAGGGUAUCCAUCCCGCCUCCGACUUCCCACGCAUCCGUCGGGGCUGGCAUCAUCGAUCGUUGAAAAGUGAAUGCUCGGCUGCGCCAGUUGUGAGCGGUAAAAUGUGUUCAGGAGCUAUGCAUGCCGUACCGUCCCUAUGCAACCCUU